UGGCGUUAGCGUGCUUUCUGACGUCGCCCAUCCCUGCCCCCACCUUCGCACCAAAUCAUCGUCAAGAUUGCUCCGGCCGUACAACAUUCUGAUCACCCACGAAGCACCGCCGCAAGCUUGCUGCUGUAUUCGGUCCCGAAGCUUCACAUCUAGACACCUGAUAACAUGGCUUCCGAGUCGCGACUCUACACCUUUACAACGGAGACGAAGACGAAGCUACGCAAGUUCAGACUGGGCACUUCGCGCGCCAAAGAUCCUCAGGCUGUCAUUUACGAGAUCGAUAAGAAGACACUAGAAAUCAGACCUGUCGACGAUGAAAUAUACUCGGAUGUUGCAUCUGUAUCAGACGAGCUGCCAGACCAUGCGCCAAGAUUCGUGCUGCUGAGCUAUCCCCUUACACUCGAUUCUGGCCGCCUAUCCGUACCAUACGUCAUGCUAUACUACCUACCCAUCACAUGUAAUAGCGAGGUGAAGAUGCUGUACGCAGGUGCCAAGGAAUUAAUGCGCAACACCGCCGAAGUCAACAGGAUUAUCGAGAUUGACAGCGCGGAGGACUUGGAUGACAUCGAGGACAAGUUGAAAGAAUCGUGAGUGGUGGAUAGUCACAAUAUACAACGAGAGAUCAUACAAAUCGCUGGACAUGUGUAUCACGGACACAUGGCAUCGCAGUAUGAAAAGGUGGUACCAAACGUGCAGGAUAGUUGCAACAUUCUCAAUGACAAGUAUUCAUCAUUUAGACUUGCAACUCGAUCAAUACAUAAGAUCGCUCGGCAUUGAGCGCUUUUGA